AUGCGCAAGAAGAGUACUUACAUCUUACCACCUUUAGAAAAUAAAAAAAUUAUAGCUAUAGAAAAAUAAGUUCAAAAAGAUAUCUCAGAAUAACAUCUCGCUAUGGAAUAUGUAAGAUCAGAAAUGAAUUCAAUUGUUUCACUCAAAUAUUAAGCUUAAAUCAAAUCUUUUUCUCAUAGUCGCCAUAAUAGAAUGCAUGCCAGCCAAUCCUUACAUUAACCAAUAGUUAAUUAUCCUCCAAAAUUUGAAUAAUCUCAACCUUCAUUUGAAUUUCUAUCUACAAUAAGAAAAAGAUUCUUGAAAUCAUCUAUUGAACCUCAAAAUAUUGAAUUGCUAAAGUGGUACCAAGAAGAAGAAUAUUUUGAAUUAAAAGAAUACUUUAAGAAGAACCCUGUUGAUUAAUUUAUCUAAGGCUUAACAUUGCUUUAUAGAGCUGUCAAAGAUGAAAAUAUCAAAAUGAUCUCAUUCUUGUUAUCUAAAGGAGCUAAUAUGCAUUUAAUCUAAGAAGUUAUUUAUUAAUAACUAAUUUGAA